AGGAAGUCUAAGGGUAAUGAGGGAGCUAUCUGAUUGGACUCUUUGGCAGGUAUUGACUAUGCAGCAGCAGACACAUUGUAGUGUGUGCACUUCAGGUGUGUAAGCAUUACACUCAUAAGCGUUGACUCAGCCCAGUGUAAGCAUUGGGACACUUCUGGGAAAGCCUUUCUACAUCAUUAACCCCCACCCCAAAUAUAUAGAGCCAACACCUCAGAGAUCCUACUCACUACACUACAGAGAUGGAAGGGACACGCCUGAUCUGGCUACUUACCCUGUGUGCAGCUGCAGUUCUGUCUGGGAAGAUCCCAGUAAAGGACGACUGCGCCCUGGGCCCGGAGUUCUGGUGUCAGGACCUGAUGACAGCAGCUCAAUGUGGAGCCGUGGAUCACUGCAAGCAAACUGCCUGGUUAGGAAUAGAUGUGCUGUGCGUGCAGUGUAAGCAGAUUGUGAACAUCUUGCUGGACAUGGUGAAGGCAUCACCCAUCCAGGACACCAUAAAGAAAUUCCUGCACAAGCAGUGUUCCCAUCUCCCUGUGGUGCCUCUCAUUGCUCAGUGCAACUUGCUGGUGGAUCAGUAUGAGUCUAUGAUGGUCACUGUAUUGGAAAAACAAGUGAACCCUGACACUCUGUGUUCCACCCUGAGACUUUGCCAAUCUGACCAAGAAGAAUUCUGGAAUAAUGAGCUGCAACCAGAAAUGAUCCUUGAAAAAAUAUUCCCUUUAAUUCAGGAGCAUUUGUACAACGCACAUGAAAAAGCAACGCAGGGUGAUGGUGAGGAUUUGCCAAUACCAAAGCCCAUGUGCUGGAUGUGCAAGUCGUUUAUCAGCCAAUUAGAGAAAGUCAUCCCAAAGACAGUCAUUGCCAAAGCAGCCUCUCAACUGUGCCGGAUCCUUCCAGCGAAGGUAGCAGGUGUCUGCCAGUGUUUGGUGGAGAAAUACACAGUUAUUUUACUGGAUAUAGUGCUGGAGAAACUGGGGCCACAGCUGCUGUGCAAAUUGCUGUUCAUGUGUGCCACGGAUGAGAACUGCGAGGCAGAUUUACCAGUGAUACCAGUUCUGGAUAUUGAUUUUGCCUGUGACACAUGCCUGGCUGUUACCUCUGCCAUCAAACCCACCAUAAAGCAGAACAUGACCCAGGCAGAGGUAGAGGCUGCAGUUCUGAAAGCCCAUGGAGAGCCUGGCAUGGCAUGGAAAGAGAUCCAGACUUUCCUUAAGAACCAUCACACAGAAUUGUCUCUCCUCCUGCACAAGCAGUGGGACCACAGGAUGACGUGCCAGGCACUGGGAGCUUGUCCUGUUCCUGCUAAUGCAGCCGCACAGCAUUCUGGGUGUACCGUGGGACCCUCUUAUUGGUGUCAAAACCUGGAAACGGCUAAAGACUGUGGGGCCGUCAGUCACUGUUUGACCCAUGUGUGGCACUAAAGUUUUCUUCUGGAUUUCUGUUCCCUAACCCCCCCACCCCCAGUCUUCCAGCUAUCAAGCUUCUUUUUACAUGAAUAAAUAUAUGUAUCAUUAGAA